AGGGAUAUCUUGCCUGCCCAUCUCCACGGAUGUGAAACCAAAUAAACAAAACAAAGUCAAUGCAUAAUUAAUUAAACCCCACAAGCAUAUCCAUCUCUAUUAUGUCAAGCACACCCUCACAACCCCAUCCCUUCAACGUGCUCAGGAGCCAUUUUCUUGGCCGUACCGAAAGUACCAGUACUUUUUCUCAGGGUCAGUAGAAUUACAUUAUCAAAGCCUUUGCCUUUGGGUGACUGGUCGCUAAUUUCCUGGAGAAUUCAAGACGCAAGUGUCAAUGGAGCCAAAACGUUGUGGAAUAACUAUCUUAGGUUCACUUCUUCUCUUCUUUUGCAUGGCAGCAACUUGUUAUGGAAUUGUUCUCUUCUCUUCUCUGUCAAGAACCCUGGAAGUCACUGCUUCAUUCAAACAAGGGCAAGUUCUGAAAGCUGGUGUUGAUAAAAUUACCUUAACAUGGGGUCUGAACCAGAGCCUAGCAGCUGGUACGGACUCCGCCUACAAGACCAUAAAAGUCAAGCUAUGCUACUCGCCCGUCAGCCAGGUUGACCGCGCGUGGAGGAAGACAGUAGACAACCUAGCCAAAGACAAGACAUGUCAGUUCAAGAUCGUUUCUAGGCCGUACGAUAAGCGGAACCAGACCUUUGAGUGGACGGUGGAGCGUGACGUGCCCUCGGGUACGUACUUCAUACGUGCCUAUGCCUACAACUCCGACGACGUCGAGGUGGCUUACGGUCAAACAACCGAUGCCAAAAAGACCACUAAUUUGUUUGAUGUGCAGGCAAUCAGUGGCCGCCACGCGUCGCUGGAUAUUGCCUCGGUCUGUUUCAGUGCUUUCGCGGUUCUGUCCUUGCUUGGGUUCUUUAUUGCCGAGAAGAGAAGGGCAAAACUGUCUGAACGGAAGUGAGAGUCGACGAAAUAUAAUAAUAUAAUAAUAUUCUUAAGCCCUUUCACCCUUUGUAUAAUAAAAUCGUUACUAGUAAUUUGCAAUUUUGCAUGGUGUGGUUUUA